AUGGAUUUAGGGCUGUUUCAGGUGCUGAGCGCGGGCAUAACAGGUUGCCAAUUGCGUCUUCGUAAUCCCCGGCCUCGCGUCGCGUCUCCCGAUUUGUUGUCGUCACGUUGGUCGAACAUGCCACCUGCACGCGUCUUGCCAACCCGCAGAUGUAUUCCAGGAAUCCGGUACGACCCGAUUCCCAGCGCAAUUGAGCGCGCAAAUCGAAUAUCUGAUGAUUUCAGUGCUCGUCUGCCUUGGAACCCGAGUGGAGAAACCCGACCUGAAAGUGACGCUACCGAUCUGGGGGAAAACGCAGUCAAUCACCUGUCUGACAUUCGAAUGGAACACGGAGUCGUCAAGAUGGAGGAUGGCGAAGAUGGGGCGGACCGGGCGAGUACUCACCUUGUCAAGAUGGAGCCUGAUGAAGAUGGGGGGGACCGGUCGAGUACUCAGAGUGAUCCUCGCGAGUUAUGUACAUCAGUAGAUGCUUGUCUUAAUGAAGGCCAAACUGGUACUGACGAAGGCAUUGUGUCACCAGGUUACUCCGAUCCGGCACCAGGAAUGCCACCAGACAUUUGUUAUUCGACCCUCAGGCGGCUGAUCACAAAGGCGUCCCUGUGGGAAUACCUUGCGUUUGCUGGAAUGGAUGAGGACCAGAUGGAUGUGGUGAUGCCCAUCCUGAAGAAACAAUACGUUACUAAUUGGGACAUUUUUAUAUUCCGAGAAUAUAUAAGCCUCGCUCGUUUGCUUGAGUGGGGGAUCCCUUACACCUUUGCUGUUCGACUCGUCAUUCACGGCGAAAUGUUCUAUCAUUACAUGUUGUUGAAAAACUUGUAA